CGCCAUCAUGUACUCGUUGAAGUUCUUCGUUUUGUGUUUCGUGCUCGCUACAGUAUGUGCUGCCCCCAGGACAUCGGAGAACGUCAAAAUAACCUUGUAUUAUGAAGGCCUAUGUCCAUAUUGCCACAAUUUUGUCUUAAACCAACUUUACCCUGCCUACAAGAAACUGGGAGAUGCAAUUGCAGUCGAACUGAUCCCCUACGGUAACGCUCGUCGCCAACUAGUGGAGGGAAAAUGGAUUGUCACCUGCCAACAUGGAGAAGAAGAAUGUUAUUCUAACAAGGUACAAGCCUGUGUUCUCGGCCUCGGACACACCACCGAACAAACCUUAGAUUUCGUUAAUUGCUUGUUCACCGGAGAACCUGAUGAAAAAACAGCGAAACAAUGCAGCGAUAAGGGCAAACUCGACUGGACCGCCCUCAGUACCUGCAUCUACGGCCCACAGGGCGAUGAGUUCGUGCUGGCCCUCGCCGAGAAACAGGAAGCCCUGCCCGAGAAAGUCGUGUACGUGCCUUGGAUCUUGAUAAACGACGAGCACAACAAAGAUUACGAGGACCGCGCUUACGAUGAUCUGGUCGGCGUAGUUUGCGAGAUCCUGAAGGGGGCGCCAAGCGCUUGCAAGGGAGUGUGAAACGGUCCGGAAAUGUCGCUGUGUCCACAUUCUGAAUGAUGAUUAAUAAAUGAGGAAUUCGAAACAA